AUGGCACGGGCCUCUGGCACUCACUUCGACCCACACUCACCACCUGUUGUGGAGCUCCCAGAUUCUGGAUCUGAACCUGUGAAAAGCCAUGGGGCAGAGAAAGUGAAACUGACUCUGAUGGAUGGGGGCCCCCUAAACUGGUGGUGGUCAGGCACUCCAGCUGGGAGUGGAGGGGUAUUAGAAAUUUCCCCCACUCUACUAUUUCAGCUGCUGUUACCCCUAAAGCCAAACCAAAAAAAUUUCCAGUUUUCGUGGCUCCAGUCCCAGGCAGUGGACUAUUUGGAGGCUUGUGAGGGAGCCCAGCCUCCCAGAAGCCAGCAAGGAGGAGUGGUGAGGGUGAGGGCCCGGGGCAGCGGCUGCACACGGUGCUGGCAUCCAGCACCACCCUCCCUGGCCUCCUCCCCACGACACAGAGUUAGUUGCCACCCUGCUUCACCCAGACUGUCCGGACAGAAAGGCCGCAGGCUUCACACGCUCACGGUCAGAAAAGCUCUGCUGUCACCGGCAUUUGCAGAAUGGAUGGAAGGAAGAAUUCUGGCUUCAGUCAUUGUGGGGCUAAAUGUAAUCACAGAUGUGAAAGCACUGAAAACGGUGCUCAAGAGCCAUCUUCUUAGAUGGUUCACAGCCAAUGACAUGAGGCAGAGGAAGGAGGUGGGGCUGGGAGCCCCCGAGGCAGGACAAAGAAUUGAGAUGUGGGACAGAAUCUCUGACCUGGGGGUCCUCCCAGCCCCAGAAGUCCUGGCACCAGCAAAGCUGAGCUGUGCCUGA